AGAGUGGGGCCCGUCGUGGUCCUGCUCGGGCAGCGUCCGGGCUCCGGGCGCCCUCGCCCCAGCUAGUUGGGUUUCCACCCUCGGCUCUGCCUCCGGAGGGACCUCGGAGGCACCUGGUCCGCGCCUCGGAGGGACCUCCCCCCCUCCUCCCAGGACGCAGCAGCGGAGCGGACCUCGCGAUGGCCGGGGCGCGCGGGCUGCUCCAUCUGUGGCUGAGCUGCUUGUGUGUGAGCCUGGCGCAGGGACAGAGACUCAGGCAGCCCUUCCCGGAGCUCCGCGUGGCUGUGCCGGCCGACCGCGCGGCAGGUGGCGGCCCCGAAUCCCCGCUGCAGCCCCUCGACCAGCUGUCGGAGCACAUGCUGCGGCUCUACGACAGGUACAGCGGCGGCGGAGCGGAGGAGGCGCCGACGCCGGGAACGGAGCGGGGCUCGCCGUCUUUGCGCCCCCAGCCGCUGCGCGAGGGCAACACGGUUCGCAGCUUUCGAGCCGGAGCCGCAGGAAUGCUUGAAAACAAGGAACUGCAUAUUUUUAACCUGACUUCUCUAACAAAGUCAGAAAACAUUUUAUCUGCCACACUGUAUUUCUAUAUCAGAGAGCUGAUAAAUAUAAGCCUAAGUUGUCCUGUGUCCCAGGAAUGCUCACAUCAUGCCCAGAGGAAACACAUUCAGAUUGACCUCUCUGCGUGGAUCCUCAAAUCCAGUGGAAACCAAAGUCAACUCCUGGGUCAUCUUUCGGUAGAUGGAGGGAAACCUCAUGGAGACUUUGUGUCCUGGCUGUCAAAAGACAUCACCCAACUUUUGAGGAAAGCCAAGGAAAAUGAGGAGUUUCUCAUAGGAUUUAACAUUACUACCAAAGGACACCAGCUGCCAAAGAAGAUGACACCCAGUCCUGAGCCUUAUAUCUUGGUGUAUGCCAAUGAUGCCGCCAUUUCUGAGCCGGAGAGUGUGGUGUCAAGCUUACAAGGACACCGGAAUUUCCCCACUGGAGCUGUGCCCAAACUGGACAGCCACAGUAGGGCUGCCCUUUCUAUGGAACGGAGGAGGAGGAAGCGCUCUACGGGGGUCCUUCUGCCUCUGCAGAACAAUGAGCUUCCUGGGGCAGAAUAUCAGUACAAGGAGGAUAGAGUAUGGGAGGAGAGGAAGCCUUACAAGACUCUUCAGACUCAGCCCCCUGACAAGAGUAAGAGCAAAAAGAAACAGAGGAAGGGGCCUCAACAGAAGAGCCAGACGCUCCAGUUUGAUGAACAGACCCUGAAGAAGGCAAGAAGAAAGCAAUGGAUUGAACCCCGGAAUUGUGCCAGACGGUACCUUAGAGUGGACUUCGCAGAUAUUGGCUGGAGCGAAUGGAUUAUCUCCCCCAAGUCCUUCGAUGCCUAUUACUGCUCCGGAGCGUGCCAGUUCCCCAUGCCAAAGUCUUUGAAGCCAUCCAAUCAUGCUACCAUCCAGAGUAUAGUGAGGGCCGUGGGGGUCGUUCCUGGAAUUCCCGAGCCUUGCUGUGUGCCAGAAAAGAUGUCCUCACUCAGCAUCCUGUUCUUUGACGAAAAUAAGAAUGUGGUACUUAAAGUAUAUCCAAACAUGACAGUAGAGUCUUGUGCUUGCAGAUAACCUGGUGAAGAGCUCAUCUGGAUGCUUAACUCAAUCGUUUAUUUUUAUGGACUUUUUUUGCACUGCCAAUGCAUUUCAUUUCAAAAGAUUUUUCAGUAGUCAAAGGCGAAUGAGCAAAUAGACUGAUGAUUUCCACUGAGGAGAACUGGACUGUAUUUGUUUCUGAAUGUAACUCAAAGCAAGAUUAAAUAUGGAAAUCUUUUUCUUUAAAAAAAUAAUUACACAAGAAAAACAAUCACUAAAACUGUUUUUAGAACUGUUGGAGAACACACUGAUUUAUUUUUGUAAUGUGCUUUGAAAAUAGAUUGGAAACAAACAAUA